CUUAGGUCUCCACUCUCUGCACGUCCCAGUUCAUCUUCUCCUGGUGAUCCAGGGUCCCCUGAGUCUCCGGGGGAAGUGCCCGUAGCUUCAGGGUCACCACGCCCAGCCUCAGGUCCCAGGGGCAGCCAAUCAGCGUGGCCACGGCUGGGUGGAGCCCCAGGGGCCCCCCGACAGAAGUCAGCCAAGUGGAGGCGCCCUUGCUGCCGCCGGGAAGCAGGUCCUUGGCGCGCCCUCCUCAGCACUGAGCCGACCUGCGUGACGCGGGAACCUCCUCUGGUCCCCUGGGAAGCUCCAUGGCCUUUUCGGAACUCCUGGACCAGGUGGGCAGCCUAGGCCGGUUCCAGGGUCUCCAGACCGUGGCCUUGGUGGUGCCCAUCAUGUGGCUCAGCACUCACAGCCUGUUGGAGAACUUCUCGGGUGCCGUGCCUGGCCACCGCUGCUGGGCACCUCUCCUGGACAACAGCACCGCCCAGGCCAGUGCCCCCGAGGCCCUCACACCCGAGGCCCUCACACCCGAGGCCCUCCUGGCUGUCUCCAUCCCACCGGGCCCCAACCACGAGCCCCACCAGUGUCGCCGCUUCCGCCAGCCUCAGUGGCAGCUCCUGGACCCUAACGCCACGGCCGCCCACUGGAGCGAGGCAGCCACGGAGCCCUGCGUGGACGGCUGGGUCUACGACCGCGGCACCUUCAGCUCCACCAUCGUGGCCGAGUGGGACCUGGUGUGUGACUUCCAGGCCCUGAAGCCCAUGGCCCAGUCCAUCUUCCUGUCUGGGGUCCUGGUGGGAGCCGCCGUCUUUGGCAGAGUCUCUGACAGGUUUGGGCGCAGGCUGGUGCUGACCUGGAGCUACCUGCACAUGGCCGUGUGGGGCACGGUGACAGCCUUUGCCCCCACCUUCCCCGUGUACUGCCUGUUCCGCUUCCUGCUGGCCGUGGCCUCUGCGGGCGUUAUGAUGAACACUGCCAUUCUGCUGAUGGAGUGGACGUCUGAGCAAGCCCGAACCUUGGCGAUGACCUUCAACGGCCUGGGCUACAGCCUCGGCAUGGCGCUGCUGGGCGGGGUGGCCUACGGCCUGCACGACUGGACGGUGCUGCAGCUGGCCGUGUCUGUCCCCUUCUUCCUCUUCUUUGGGUACUCCUGGUGGCUGGCAGAGUCGGCACGAUGGCUCCUCAUCACAGGCAGGCUGGAGAAGGGCUUGCGGGAGCUGCAGAGGGUGGCGGCCAUCAACGGAAAGAGUGCGGCGCAGGACACACUGACCAAGGAGGUCGUGCUGUCAGCCCUGCAGGAGGAGCUCCAGGUGAGCCAGACUCCCACCAGCCUGGGCACCCUGAUCUGCACGCCUGGACUGCGCCUCCGCACCUAUGCCUCCACUCUGUGCUGGUUUGCCUUUGGCUUCGCCUUCUAUGGCCUGGCCUUGGACCUGAAGGCCCUGGACAGCAACAUCUUCCUGUUCCAGGUCCUCCUCGGCGUCCUUGACAUUCCAGGCAAGAUAGGCUCCCUGAUGCUACUGAGGUGUGUGGGCCGCCGCCCCAUGCAGGCAGCAUCCCUGGUGCUGGCCGGGCUCUGCAUCCUGCCCAACGUGCUGGUGCCCCUCGAGAUGAGGUACCUGCGUUCAAGCCUAGCCAUGCUGGGGCUUCAGUGUGUAGGCGUCACCUUCACCUGCAUCUCCAUCUACAGUGGGGAGCUCUUCCCCACUGUGCUCAGGAUGACCGCAGUAGGCCUGGGCCAGGUCGCAGCCCGUGCGGGAGCCAUGCUGGGGCCGCUGGUGCAGCUGCUGGGCACACACCAUCCCGCGCUGCCCCUGCUGGUGUACGGGGCUGUGCUGGUGCUGAGCGGCCUGACCGCGCUGCUGCUGCCUGAGACCCGGAACCUGCCGCUGCCCGACACCAUCCAAGACGUGCAGAACCAGGCGGCGAAGAAGGCAGCACCCUGUACCAGGGAGCAUCCUGUCGUGAAAACCACACGGGUUUAGUCUUCCCUCGAGAAGAACCUUCUGUCCUCUGCAGAAGGCAGGUGAGCAGAGGACUCGAUUUCCAGAGGGCCCCGCUCUGCCUCUUCCUGCCUGAGACGCCUUCAACACACCAAGGGGGAAGGACGGUGCGCCGGACAGGGGCCGCCGAACCCUCACUCCCGCUGCAACGAGGAGCUAGGCUCAGGCCCCGGAGGGUCCUGCCCCUGCACCCGGAGCUCCCCACUCUUGCUGCCCCAGCCUGAGGUGCAUCAUCUCCCAUGGCCACAACCUCCCCAGCUUCCCUCUGCAGCCUGUGGGCCCGGCACAGGUGCUGUGAUCUUGGCUCCUCAGGCUCACCUCGAGGUGGCUCUGGACCCCUCACGCCUCUCCACACUCCCGUCUGCGCCCAUAUCUUGUCCCUGGAGUCCCCCUGCCACCUUCUCCAUGAUCCCACUCAGUCUCCUGAACCCAGGCCGAUGUCCUCAGUCCAGGGCCCCAGGGCCCCGCCCGAGGUAGAAUGAAACCCGUACCCACCGCCGGGGCCACAUGCCUGUCUCCGACCCCGUCAACCUGGGAGCCCCCCGAGGGUUGGGAUGUCCCCAGCUGCCACACAGGGCCGGCGGCGGGUCAUCGGUGGGAGGGAGGGAAGACAGUGAAUAAAGGAACAAAGGACUGGC